AUGCCAAUAUCAAGUGGUUUUAGUUUUUAUAAGGAUAUUAUUCCAAUACAUGAACGACAACGUAUUGUACGACCACAAAUCUAUUCUCGUACAUCCAAGUCGAAAGCAACAGCAGGUAACAAAUUACCAACACAACGACCAACAGCCGUUGUCAAACAACCAAUACGUUCGGAGACAUUUACAUUGCCAACAAAACAUCAUGAAACAAAUUUUAAAGUGCCUAAACUUAAUCCACCACAAAAUGGUUUCCGUCAACAACCAAUUAAAAAAUCUACCAUCAUAAAUUCAACACCACAAAUCGAACAAAAACCUAUUGAAAAAAUGCGUAGAAAUGGUGAUGUUCGACCUAUAAUGCGACAAAAUAAUUUAUUUAUGAAUCAAGGAAAUAUUCAACGAAAACCUGUACGCUUUGCUAAUGACUAUAAUAAUACUUAUUAUUCUUCUUCUUCUAAUUCUGCGCCUGUUCAUUAUCAAAAACCUGCACCUCUUGCUAAUCCUUUACCUCGAGAUGCUUUAAAUAAAUCACGACGUAUGCGUAUAGCCAAUGAUGAAUAUGUAAUACAUCGUCGAAAAGAUUCACCUGCUGCUUAUGCUUAUAAUGAUUAUCAAACGGUGAGUGAUAUACCAACUAUUUCCUAUGUUACUUCUUUACCACCUAUUGAUCAACGAAAAAAUCAGACUGCUCCUACUGUCAUUAUUCAUUCGAAAGAAACUCAUCAUUCUGAAACUCCUACAAUUAUUCCAACUAUAUCAAUACCUCCUUCCUAUGUUCCACCACCACCACCACCACCUCCUGCUCCCAUUAUGAUUUUACCUUCGUCAGCAGCUCCUUCAUAUCCUCCUAAUUCGACUAUGUUUUUGCCAUCUACAACUGUUCCUUCAUAUUCCUCUAUCUCUCCCAUGAUGUUACCUCUUACAACAGUUUCAACUCAACCUUCUGGACAAAAUUUUUUUCUUCCACCUUCAACAAAUCCUACCUAUAUGUCCCAACCUUUAUUUUAUCCUAUUCCUCAAUCUAAUCCUAAUCCUCCAGUAUCGGCACCGCCAUUACAUCAACAAACUAUUAUAAGUCAAUCAUCAUCAUCAUCUACAUCAGCACCUGCAACACAAUUAAAAACUGAGGAAAACAAUACAACGUUUAUUGUUCGUCCAAAUACGAGUAAUAAGAAAAAUGUAACCAUACAAGUGAAAAUGAUAGAUGAGGAUAAUCAACGUGAUAGAACAAGAUCAGAACGAGUUGUACAUAAUCUUCCAUAUCGUGAAAUUGAUGAUCGAUAUUAUAUUGAAUCUGAACCAAAACAUAUUAUUUAUGAACAACCAACACGUCGAAGAACAAUUCGUCGAAGACCACCACCACCAGCAACCGAAUAUAUUUAUGUUGAUGAAUCACCAUCAACUGUUGUUCGUCGUCGUCCUCAUCGUUCUGAAGUUGUUUAUGUUAAUAAUGAACAACCAUUAGAAUAUGAAGAAGAAAUUGUUUAUGUUGAUGAUAAUGGUAAUGAAAUUGAAUACAUCUAUGAUGAUGAACCUGCAUAUCAUCGACGACAUUAUAGAACAUCUCAUCAACCAACAUCAACAAGAAUUGUUUAUGAAUAA